AUAAAAAAUAUUACCUGGUAAUUUCGAAAAAUCAUUUAAAAAUGCUUUUUCAUAAGUAUUUGGACUUUGGACAAAAAAACAAGCAUGAUUAACCGAUUCACAUAAAUAGAACAUAACCGAUUAACAAUAUAUUGCCUUUUAUUCAUUUGAUUAGGCCUAUAAUAAAAUCGAACAUCAGAUAUAGGCUACAUGUAGUGAGACUGAUGUCAAGUUAUCUUGAGACAAAAUUGUUCCGGCUUUCCAAUUGAUUCCCGUGAUGUUAAUUCGAGUAUUCUCUGGAAUAAUCAUAACAUGCAAAUACGAUAGGUAUCUAAAACGACAGGUUCUCCGUGGCCCUUUUCGCCUGCCAUACAUAUGUGACGUAUUAUUUUGAGUUCAGAGCGCACCCUCUUGAAAAUCCAUGUACAGCUGGUUUAGUUUUCUCUCCUGCCAGAAUGUUCCACUCUUCCGAUCAGACUUAGCCUAAAUUAACGCAUUGAGUUUCGAUUCAAGUUUUGGAUUAACUCGUCUAAACUGAAAUUAUAUUUGGACCCGUAUAUAGUACUGCUUGACUUAUUGUGGAGUUGAUCGUUUAUUUUGGAAAGUUAUGGACAUCACUAAAAAGAUGGCUGUAGAGAACACAGGGGAAGUGCCAACUUGCCAGUUCCACCGGUUUCGUUUUCGAUUCAAUGCUCCAGGGGAAAGUGAAGUUGAAGUUUCCUGCACAAGCUGUGGCACAAGCUGUGGCACUGUCUUACAGGCACUAGAAACAAGCUGUGAAUUCAAGGACAGAAAUUUGAGAGAAGGAACAUUUCUAAUUGAAAUAAAGAAGAAAGGGUACAUAGUACCACAUUUCCCAUGCAAGUUAAUCGGAGAAAACGAAUUGCUCGUCAUCUCAGUUGAGAAGACCAGUGGAGAAGCCUCUAAGGAAACCCAAAUACCCAAACCUAAGGACGAAAGUGAAAAACUUCAGUACGAAAGUGACAAGUUAAUCACAUUUUACAUGAAAGAACGAGGUGGAAAGAACAUGAUAAAAAAGCCAUUCCUAAAAAACAGCAAACUUAAGUCUAAUGGCCACCCUCUCUACAUAUUUGCAAUCAAUGGGGAAACAUUGCAAGACGCACUUCAGAGGGAUGGACGGUUGUCAAACUUUGUUUUUGGAAAGAAAUAUUAUUUUACGGACGUUGACUCGGAUGCAAGUCUCACAGUGGAAUUCAGUUUAAAGGCUGAUUCCCUGAAUGGACGUAGGUUUGAGAUAUGCAUGAAAACCGAGGAGAGAGGCGGGAAAAAACUUUCAUCUGAUUUAACACCCGUGGUUGGUCCACCACAGCCUUCUACGAGCAUAAAACCUGAAGGCACAACCAAUUCCAAAUCUCCAAAGACAUGCAAAGAAGAAGGGACCGCAAGAAAGUUGUCUUUUAGUAAAAGGCAGGAAUGUGUUAUGCCAGAUUAUGAUGAACUUUUGAACAUUCUACGAAACCAAUUUGGGCCGUUGGUAGAACAGAUGAUGAAAAACCACAAUAAGAAAACGUACUCCAGUCUGCUAAGUCAAAUACGUGGGACAUUUGGAAAAAGAAGCAGUGGCUUUUCAACAUGCCAUAGUGUCAGUAAACUGUUGAUGUUGGCUCGCUCUGUAUGUAAGAUCUAUGCUGCCAAACAAGGCACUGGGUUUCUGUUGUUUGAUCGCUAUAUUCUGACAAAUGCCCACCUGUUUGAAAACAAUGGGGAGCGGUUCAUUGAUGAUCAACAAAAACUACUCUGUGAAGUGAUGGUCACAUUUGAAAUUGAGAAUCUAGACUCAGACGAUGUAAAUGUAGAGAGGAUCCCAGUGAAGCGAGAUCUUCUUGACUUUCAGUUGGGCUUAAAUUACUUUCAACAAUAUGUUGACUAUGCUGUCCUUGAACUUGAGGAUCACGUUUCUUUCAAUGGACUUCUCUGCCAAUAUGGCCAUGAGCCCAAAAGUGGUGAUGUUUGUAUCUUCGGACACCCAGAUGGACACAAGAAGAAAAUGGAUUUUACCAUAGUCAUUGAGGGUGAGAAAAGAAUAGAGACAUUGAAAACAAGAAUGGGGGAAGGAAUCAAUUCUUAUUAUCUGAGGGAUGAUUUGAACAGGGUCACGUCUCAAAAGACCAAUAUUGUGACCUAUGACACCAGUUUAUUUCAUGGAGCCUCUGGUGGUCCAGUCUUUGAUGACUCUCUUCAGGUCAUUGGCAUGCAUACUGGUGGGUUGCCAUAUGAAAAGGAUUCAACAAAGAGUUUUAUUGAGUAUGCCAUCCCUAUCAGAACCAUACUGCAAAACUUCCUGAUAAACAUGACGAUAGGAAACAAAGAAAAGAUUUUGGUCAAAUUCACAAAACAAGCCACGACAUUCCCUUUUCUUUUACAAGUCAUUACUACCCUUAUCAACUACAUUAUACAAAACUGCGACCCCUCUGACAUCACUGCCUUAAAACUCUGGAAAACAGUGAUGGAAAGUGAAGAAUGCAAUCCAAAAGUUUUCACUGACCUAAAGAAUGAGAUUGACAGACAAAUAUGUAAUGUGCAGGUGUCUGAUACACCCAGCAUCUCUGAAAACUGGCAAAUGUAUACAGAAAAUCAAGGGAGUUGAAUAGUACCACAAUAUGGGAGGACAUGUGACGAUUAACGUAGUCUUCGCAAGCACAGAAAAAAGAACACUACAAGCUAGGUUGUUUUUUUUGGUCUAGAAAUGGGGCUCCUAAAAAUGGCCUUGACGUUCUUCCUAUUUUCCUCCUUCAAAGUUGCAUGGCAUUAUACACUUUGGUAAUAUUGUGACCUCUGACCGACACUCGCAGGCAUUUCCUAGUCGCACCUUACAAAGAACUAACUUAUGGCCAUGCAGGCAUAAGAAAACAGCAUAAUGACAGUUUAUUAAUGAUGCAAGCAACAUAAUUUAUAGAUAGGCAUAUUCCUCUCCUGGACAUGACCAAGGGUUAUGUUCUCAUGAGCUUAAUAUAGCCGGGUAUAGAUCAAACAUUGUUUAUUAUAUUCAGAGCAUUCCACACAGUAUAUAAGUAAUAUAUCAUUAGUUGUAAUCUUUAAUUAUUGUUAACUGAUCAGUGGUUAAAGACAUACCUCUUCACAUGGCAGAAAAACAUUGUGGAGAACCAUUAGGUUACUUUUAUUUUACAGGAGUUUGCAUAGCCACAUGUAUAUCAAAUGUCUCUAAUCAAACUGUUACAUAAUUGUGGAACUGCCCAACAGUUGGCAUGUACUUUGGAUCUAUUAUAUAGAUUCAAGUAUACAGUAUUCAAUAUUAUACAACUUAAUUGUUUGAGAAUAAAGAUCACACAUGUACAAUCUUGUUUUAUUUUUUCCCCAUCCACUUAAGGACGUAACAUGUGUUUAAAUAUACAUUAUACAUUGAAUAUAAAUUAAUUUAACAUUAACUUAGUUAAAUUACCGUUAUUUAUUUAUAGCCAUAGAAAAUGACAUUAGUGCAGAAGAUGACAGAGCACAGGUUGUGAAAAAGCAGAGGCAUUCCCCCUGUGAAAACAAGCUUGGACUCCAUUGUGCCCCCCCCCCCCCUCCCCCAAUGUAGAGUCUGACUCAUGAUAAUCAUAUAUUUUGUUUGUUAAUGCCUGCAAUGCAGUGAAGAAGACUACAUGACAACAAUAAUGUUUAAUGUACCUGGCCCCUCUAGCAGUACAACUGUUCCUAUCUUGGCCCCUCCAGUUGAAAUUGUAGAACCCACCUGGCAAGAUGG